AUGCCACCCGAGAGGGUUGGACGCAACCGCACCGGGAACAAGAGGACAGCGCUUCUAGACGAAGGAAUUCGCGCACUGUGUGUUGACAUGUCCGUUCAUUAUUAUGACCUGCUCAUACCUGCACAGCGCGAACAGCUUCCCCCCGAACCACCGAGCUCGUGGUUCAACCAGAGAGCCAUUUUACAUUCUCCACUACCUUUGAACCAUAGUCCCAACAGUGUUUCGGUGCCGACGACCCCGAAAGCGCGGAGAAAGCACGCACAGAACUCUGUACCCGUCCUCGACCCUGCUUUUUCCAACGAUGCCCAGCAAGCGCGAGAGGACUACGCUGUUCCUUCGAAGCAGCUCACAAAGAAGCGAAGAUCGACCAUCUCAACUUCUGCUCCCCAAACUCGACCCCAUGUCGAACCGACGAGUCCUCUUUCCUCAGGGAGAACAGAUGUCCCCCUCAAGAGUAGCUUAAAAUCAUCCAAUACUCAUUAUAAAGUGCAUGAUGCACUUUUGGGCUCCCCUUUGCAAGCAAGUCCCAGCUACUUUCGAUCACCAAACGCAGAGUUCCGACAAGAUGCACAAAGACCAUCACCAAAAACAUUCUUUCGAGAAGAAAUGGUCAAGGAGCACGAUAAAGUACGCAACAUGCCCGACUCCAAGAGAAAAGAGGGACAUUACUCGUCGCAUUCUCGAGUUGGCAGAAGCCAAGUCGUGUCGCAGUGGGGGGAAACAAUGGCGAAGACGAGUGACUCUCCUCAACCUCCUCCAACCAUCCUACAGGGUAGUCAAAAUUAUCCGGAUUCAAAAGAUCGUCCAAGUAGUGCAAACGAUUGGCGAUCACGGCAAGCUACGGACGGCCCUGGAAACCAUCUUACAGGAUUCAAAAGGUCCCCAAUGGAUCCAUGGAAUCGGCUCUUUCAAUCUCCUCAGUUUAGGGAAGGUGAAUACGCGCUCAAACCCUCUCCCAAUACGGCCAUAUACCCAGACGCGGUCAUUGACAAUAAAAUCGAAGCCUCAGACUACAACUCGUCGCGCCCGAUGAGGAGUCGACCACGUUCAUACAGCACACAUGUGACAGGGAGGAAUCCAGAGACCACUCAAGGGGCGUCGAAAGACGACCCACCGAUGGUCGUACAUAAGGAGAUUCCUUCUGGCACACUUAUAGGCGAGAUUGCGGGAGAGCAGCGGGAAUCACCCAUUUCAGGGCGUGUGGACUAUCACAAGGGCAACGAUGUUAAGCCUUCACUGCGCCGUAUACCCACUCGCAAACCGGAAAGAAAGUCAAAGCAUCACGGGACCGAGCAGGCACCACAGGUUUCAGUAUCAAACCCGACUCUGGAGGAAGAUGAGCAAUUCGACGAUAGGGGUCAACCUGGGGUCCAUUACCUCCGCCAAUACAUGCCAAGUACCCAUACGAAUUUGCAUCGUUCUGCGUCGCCGCCCAAUGUUCACAUUGAGGAAGGUCCAGCGGAGCGGAGUGAAUUCUUUUCCCCACGUAGGACUAGGAACGACAAUUCCAUGACGUAUGUUGCAGUGACGGCCAGCGGAUCGUCGCCGUUGUCUGAUGCGGAUCGGCCUGGCGAGCUCUCUGAGGCAUCCAAUUACGAAGAUGAUGGACCAUCUGGGACGCUCGACGAAUGGAGUUUGAGGGAUCAACAGGUGGCAGACGCUAUGGAGAGGAGAAACGCACUACUCACGGGUCUGGGUCUAGGUCUGGGGUUGACCCAUCUUCCGACAGGCGCAGGUCAUGAUCCACAGAUCAUUGAAUCGACAAGAUUUUCACAGGGAACUCCAUCGAUGGAGCAGAAAACACCCUCAAAUAGGGCUUCUCCUGUGAUUCCGAGGAAUCUAACAGAGCAGCGGCAUCAAUCUUGUGUUCACCUUGACCAAUAUGACGUGAGAGGAACCGCUGAAGAUACUUGGAGACCUUCGCGUCAUCAAUCACCAUCAACGGCCGAGAUUGACUCCAGCAAGCGAGAGGACGGCUUGCGACAGAAUAAUCCUAAUCUGGGGUCUAUCAAGCCAAAGAAAUCACGAGCCCCAGACAGCCAGGUUCUCGCCCAAAACCUCGAAGGCGACGCUGGAGAUCCCGUCGUCAGCCAGCCUAGACGCAACUCCUUCCGCAAUGAUGCGAGGCGGAACACCUGGGUAUACGACGCGAAUCAAGACAAAAGUUCUGUCACAUCUACAUUGAAGGAAGUAAACAAAACAAAGUCUGAUCGUAUGGGUAGUAUCUCCACUGUCUGGUCGGAUACUGACAGCAUGGACGAACCACUCAGCGAGAAUGCCCGUCGUAUGCUCCUCCAUUUGGAUGAAGCCGGAGCAGGUCAUCCAUCCCGAGUACGAUCUCACCGUAUACAAGAGCCCGUGGUCCAAACUCGACAAGCAGAACCUUCGACCUCGCCAGUAGACGAUAUCUCCGGUGCACCAGAAACUGUACACCCACUCCGAGACACUGGUAUCAAAACAUGGAGAAACACCAUUUCAUCAUCUGCCUAUCAGGCACUUCACGAGCGAUAUGGUCCUCUAGAGAUGAAGCGUCAGGACGUAAUCUUUGAGCUUUGCGAGACCGAAGGCGAGUUCCUUAAGUCUCUCAAGAUCGUACAGCGCCUCUUCAUCGAGCCUUUAAGCGUGAGAGGGAACUGGGUGGAAGAACUCCCUAUACCCGUCCGUAGGGCCUUCGAGGCAAUCUUGAGGAUAUCAGACCUUCACAAUCAAAUCUCGUCAACGCUCAACUCGAUAAGAUCGUCUCAGUAUCCUUUAAUGCUACAGUUCGCAGAGUCGUUUCGUCCAUUUGUGGCCCGCCUUGAGCAAAUCUGGGAAUUGACUCCUCGAGAUCACGUUGACAAUCUUCCAAUCUUCUCUCUAUAUCAAUCAAUGGACAUGACGAUAAGAGUAAUGCAAGAGGUGAAGAUCCGGGAGGAAGAGUACAAGUAUAUCAUCAGCCUUGCAAACCGGAUCACCGGGCUUCCACCCGGAUUCAACCUGGCACAUCCAGAGAGGAGAUUGAUAGCACAGGGGCUACUUCGGCGGAUACUGUUGACCGACAAGGAGCGUCAGCGUUUGGGAGAACAUCGAGUGAACAACACGCCCUUGCACUCUCCGCUUGAGACCACACCAACCAUCACUGAUUUGACAAAGCUUGGCCCCGUUACCUCGCCUCUCUUCCCAUCCCAUCACAAUCGAACUCCUGUUUCGCUCGGGCCUCCUUCGCCCUAUUCGCCUCGGCAGAGCUUCAUGUCGGCAAUCUCUCGUGCGUCUUCCGCUGUAUCAGAUGCCUCUCAUCUCUCGGAGUGGACGGCAUCCUACUCUCCCACUUCCUCAGUAGCGCUACCAGCAGAGUUUGAUCCAGUGGGUAGGCCACCCUCGUCUGCUUCAUCCAUAUCAUCUUUCGGGAACACACCCUUCGCUCCGUAUGGAGAGCGAUCACCGCUGAUGCCAUCUCGAGGACUGAUGAAUUCUAUGAAGACCUCUCGGAGCAGAAGUGCGCGAGAGACAACUCUUUACGCCUUUAUCUUUGAGGAUCUACUAGUGUUCACUUCUCAAACGGAGAAACACAGCCUUUUUGCAUCAUCUGCAUCCCAAGUGUCGGAAGAACGGAUGGGUUUGAUCGAAGGUAUUGGGUUGAGCCGCAUCUUGGGUGUCACCGACCAAUCAAAGAAACUUGAUUACGAGCAUCUCCUGCAGAUAGACAUAGUCCCCAUCUUGUCCGGCGACGGAACGGGCGCGCCAGAAAUAUUAACACCGAACUCGAUAUUUCUUUCGCUUCCAGUCAUCCCUGGUAGCCAUCUCGAAUCUCAGAGUGCCCUCCAAGUCAAAGAGGCUCAAGGAAAAUGGAUGACAGCGUUCAAUCGCAGCUAUUCACAUACCCUGCGAGCGUUGUCAUUCUCUGGCUUCCCGCCAAUAGAGAAUGAAGACGAGGUAAACAGUAACACUAGGACCAUCCAUUCGACACUUCUUUCGGGAGACUUGCUGUUCAAACGUCCGUUUCAGACCUUUUCAGAGGAGGAGAAUGAAAGCCCAACUAAAUGGACAAGAAAGUUUCGGAGGGCCUUGGACGAAUUUCAGGGCACUCAGACUCCGCCGGUCAUGCUAAUCGGAGAAGUCGCGCUUACAAUGGGCAAAGGCCUGAAACGUGUCCACACGACAAGCAGGGUCAAGAGAAGUGGACCACAGCAGCUACUGCUAUCAACCGCUUCGCUACUUAGCUCACCAUCGGGUGGAAGUUCUGGCUCAAAUCAGAGUCAGGGGAACUCGCUGGGACUUCGUCGACGCGAAAGGGUGUAA